AUGAGAGUCCCUACCGUCUUGGCGGCAGCUGCUGCAGUUGCCGCUCCUGCUCUGGGUGUUGCAGUCAACAACGAGAGUAUCAUCGUCAUGGAAGCUCCCGAUCAUGUCAGGCCAUACGUCCUACCAAAGUUCCGAGGCAAGGCGACCAAGCUGGCUGAGACCCAAGUGAUCCGGUACUCCAUUACCAACAACUCCUCCGGCGGUGCGUUUGCUCUCCUCCAGCACACUGGCAACGUCCAGGGCUACACAUCUGCGCGUCCUCACCGCCACCACGAGGUUCAAGAGCAUUUCUACUGCUCUCGUGGCCGCGUCCAGCUCUGGGGCAUGAAGGACGAGGGGAAUGCGAGCCACGAGGCCCGCGUAGCCACCGUGGGUGACUACGGCAGCAUUCCCCCCUACGGGAUUCACACCUUCCAGCUCACCGACCCCGACUCGUCACUGACGCACGUUUUCCACCCUGCUGGAUUUGAGCAUCUGUUCGAGGUUUUCAGCUCAGGCGACUUCGGCACGGCGGGAAUCAGCUCGUCAUUUGUCCCAGCCGAAAACGACAAGCCCCCCUUCGGCGCACUUACGCCCAAGGAGGAUGCCACUCUGCAGAGUCUGGAUCUCUAUGCCUUCUACGACGAUGCACCCUGGAUCCCUCGAAGAGACUUUGUCAACGGAACAGCCGGUGACAAGUCUUUGCAUUGGCACGAUGGACCAAACGAGAUACCGACCGACCCCACGCUUCCCUACUUCAUCGCAAAGGAUUACGGUCCCAAGUACCUGAACGAAGAGUCGGGCUACAAGAUCAUUCAACCGCUAGCCACCGCCGACAUCACGCUCGGAAAGAACUUCACCACUGGCACCGUCAUCCUGUCACCCAAGCCCACCGGAGAUGUCACUGUCCUGCCCAACCACUUUGGCUUGCAGAUGGAAGACGGCCUACUUGAACUGGCCAUCAAGGGCUAUGAAAAGGCUACCUUGAUCGCGGGUGACGUGGCCUUUAUCCCCGAAAAUGUAGAGUUCUCAUACCGAGGAAUGGUGCCUUUUACCAAGUUCUUCUACAUGAAUGCAGGAGCAAAGGGACUGGACUACCAGUUGCUACAGAACAGCAGGCCAUGGAACUAUACGGCCUACCCUCAGGUCUAA